UCUUCAGUGCAAUUGAUUCGACAAAAAUCAAUCAAUCAAUCAAUUUUUCAUCAUCAAGCAAUAACAUCAAUAAUUUGAAAUAGCAAAAAAAACAUCCAAUUCGUCAAUCAUGUCAAUCAUGGAACCAAUUUCCAAAAUUGCCCGAGAAUGUCCAAUCAAAGAGGAUAUCGUUAUUUCGGGUAUUUCGGGUCGUUUUCCCGAAUCCGAUAAUAUGGAUGAAUUUGCACAGAAAUUAUUCAGCGGUGAAGAUAUGGUUACCAAAGAUGAUCGUCGUUGGCCAGUUGAAAUCAACGAUGGUCUUGGCUCUCGUACUGGUAAACUUAAAAGUUUGGAUAAAUUUGAUUCAUCAUUCUUUUCGAUGUUGACAUAUUUGUCACAUUCUAUGGAUCCUGUAUCACGUAUUGUAUUGGAAACAACUUAUGAAGCAUUCCACGAUGCUGGUGUUUGUCCACAUCAAAUUCGUGGUUCGAAUACUGGCGUCUAUUUUGGCAUCAACACUAUUGCUCAAGCUGAUGGUCUUCCACAAGAUGAUUUCAACGAUAUCUUUACUAAAGAUGCUGCUUUCUGGGUUUAUGGCAAUUCCAAAGUAUUGUACGCAAAUCGUAUUUCUUUCUUGUUCGAUUUUCAAGGUCCAAGUUUGGUUAUCGAUACUGCUUGUUCAGCAUCAUUGGUCGCAUUGGCUACUGCUAUGAACGAUAUCCGUAUGGGUGUUUGCGACACAGCUGUUGUUGCUACUGGCAAUUUGGUUCCUGCACCAUUUGGUAAUUCAAUCUAUUCUUGUGUCGGUCUUUUGGCUUCCGAUGGUAAAUGUAAAGUAUGGGACAAACGUGCCGAUGGUUUUGUACGUUCCGAAACAAUUGGUGCAUUGAUUCUUCAACGUCGUUCACAAGCUAAACGUGUUUAUGCAACUGUUUUGCAUUCAAAAGUUAAUUCCGAUGGUUUCAAAUCGGUCGGUCUUUUCGCUCCAUAUUGGUUGCGACAAAAAGAUCUUAUGGUAUCCACUUAUGAAGAAGCUGGUGUCGAUCCAAACGAUUUGGUUUAUUUUGAAGCUCACGGUACUGGUACCAAUGUUGGUGAUCCACAAGAAGCUAAAGCUAUUGCUGAAGCUUAUUGUAAACAUCGUGAACAACCAUUAUUGGUCGGUGCUGUCAAAUCAAAUCUUGGCCAUUCUGAAGGUUCAUCUGGUUUGAAUUCAGUGGCCAAAGUUAUUAUUGCAUUUGAAAAUAAAUGCGUUCCAGCUAAUUUGCAUUUCAAUGAACCAAAACAAGAAAUCUAUGCUAUUGUUAACAAACAAAUUCAACCUGUUAUCAAGAAUACACGAUUCCCGAACGGUAUUGUUGGUGUUAAUUCAUUUGGUGUCGGUGGUGUGAAUGCUCACAUUUUGUUGAAAAGUAAUGAUAAAGAAUUGACACCUGAAUCCUAUGAAAUUUGUAAACCAAUACCACGUUUGGUUUGUGUUGCUGGCCGUACCGAAGAAGGUGUUAAUAUGACAUUUGAUUUUAUUAAAAAUAAUCCGGAAAAAAUUCAUCGUGAUUUCUUGGCAUUGUUGAAUGAAUCGAUGAAAACUGGUUGGGUUGAAUCAUCAUCGAAUUUCCCACAACGUGGUUAUAUGAUUAUCAAGGAAAAACCUAAUGCUGAAACAACCACUAUUAAUGUUGAAUGUGGUGAAGUGAAAGUACCAAAAUAUGAAUAUGAUUGUAAAAUUACUAAUACUGGUAUGGAAUAUCCAGUUUGGUUAGUUUUCUCUGGUAUGGGUUCACAAUGGCUUACAAUGGCAACCAGUAUGAUGUCAUUAGAACCAUUUGCACGAUCAAUUCAACAAUCAGCUGCUGUACUUAAACCAUUAGGUAUUAAUUUGAUUGAAUUAUUAACGAAAAAUGAUCCCGAAUUGUGGAAAAGUACUGUCAAUCCAUUUGUUGCUAUAACAUCUAUGCAAGUUGCAUUGUACGAUGUUAUCAAAUUGUUAAACAUCAAAAUCGAAGGUAUUAUUGGUCAUUCAUUUGGUGAAGUUGCUUGUGCUUAUGCUGAUGGUUGUUUAACAUUGGAACAAGCUAUUUUGACAUCAUAUUGGCGAGGUAAAAUUGUUGAACAAUCUAAAUUACCACGUGGUGUAUUGGCUGCUAUUGGUCUUUCAUGGGAAGAGACUAAAAAACGUUGUCCACCUGGUAUUGUACCUGCUUGCCAUAAUGGUUCCGAUUCGGUUACCAUUUCGGGUCUUUAUGAAGAAACGAAAAAAUUUGUUGAAAAAUUACAAUCGGAAAAUGUUUUCGCUCGUUUGGUUGCUGGUGGUGAAUAUCCAUAUCACAGUCCACAUAUGAAUGCUGUUGCCGGAGAUUUGAUUGCCGCAUUGAAUAAAGUGAUUCCGGAACCGAAAAAACGUAGUUCGAAAUGGAUUUCAACAUCAUUCGAUAAAAGUAAUUGGUACAUUGAAGAUGCUUGUUAUGCAUCGGCCAAAUAUUUUACCAACAAUUUGGUUUCACCGGUAUUGUUCAACGAAGGAAUGAAUGAAAUCAGCAAAGAUUGUAUUGCUAUUGAAGUUGCACCACAUUCAUUGUUUGAUUCAAUUUUCAAACGUUGUUAUCAACAACAUCAUUAUAUUGGUCUGAUGAAACGUAAUGAACCGGAUAAUUUGAAUUUCUUCCUCACUGCAUUGGGUCGUAUCUAUACAUUCGGUAUGAAUUUGGAUAUUGAAAACUUGUAUCCACGUGUUGAUUGGCCCGUUGCACGUUCAACUCAAUCAUUGAGUUCGCUAUUGUUUUGGGAUCACUCAAAAAGUUUUUAUGUUAAAAAAUAUCCCGAAUUUCACAAUUUUUCGACCGCAUCAGAUUUUUAUGUUAAAAUAUCUGUUCAUGAAACUGAUUGGCAUUUUAUUCGUGAUCAUGCUGUUGAAGGUAAAGCAUUGUUUCCAGCUACUGGUUAUUUGUAUUUGGUUUGGCGUCGUGUUGCCAACAGUAUUGGUCAACCAUGGAGUAAAACUCCAGUUCAUUUUGAAAAUGUUCGAUUCCAUCGUCCAACAUUGGUAUCCGAAUCAAGUGAUAUCAAAUUCACUAUUCGUUUAUUGCAAGGUAGUGGUGAAUUUUUAGUUUUCGAAGCAAACAAUCUUGUCUGUACGGGUAAAGCAACUGUUAUGGAAAAUGAUGAUGGUCUUGAAGUGCAAGAUACUAUUGAACCGGCAAUUGAAGAAGAUUACAAACAACGUCAUUCAAGUGAAUUCGAUUAUCUAUCCACUAGAGAAAUCUACAAAGAAUUGCGUAUUCGUGGUUAUGAUUAUGGUCCCAAAUUCCAGGGUCUUACUGAAGCUCGUUCCGAUGGUGCUAUCGGUAAAGUUAAGUGGGAUGGUCAUUUCAUUAGUUUUAUGGAUUCAAUGCUCCAUAUUUCAUUGGUUGCCUUACCACUUCGUGCUUUGUUUGUACCGGUUGGUUUUGAAUCAGUUCGUAUCGAUCCAAAAGUUUUAUUCGGUGAAAUUGAACGUGUUAAACAAGAAAAACAAAAAACCGAAGAAGAAGAAUUCCAUUUGAAACGUGAAUUCUUGUAUUUCUCCGAUAAAAGCAAAGAAAAUGAAACAUUGGAAAAAGAUUUUUCACAACGUGUUGAAGGUGCCAUCAACAAAGAAGAAGUUGAUCAAGAAAAUCAAGAAAGUCGUGCCGAUUUACCAAUUCAAUUUUAUGAAACUGCAUUCAUGAAAAAUGAAGAUAACAAAAUUUCAUUGAUUCCUGUCAUUUUUAAUGGUAAUAAUCGUUCAAUUGCAACCAAAGGUUUAGAAGUUAAAGGUAUGAUUCCGUUCCCGGUUCCAAGAAAAAUCGAUCAAAAAGGUUUAAUUUUGGAAGAAUAUUCGCAUAUGCCUUAUUUGGAUAAAGAAUCAUCACGUUUAACCAAUGAUAAACAUAAAGAAUUGAUGGAUUAUAUUGAAAUGUGUAAUUAUCUUUCAUCAUUAUUGGUAUUGAACAAAUCCGUUGCUAAACCUGAACCAAAAGAUUUAGUUGUUGCUGAUCAAAAACUUGAUGAUCUAAUUCGUCAUUAUACAAAAUUUGUUGAAAUGCAAGAAACAAAUCCUUAUCGUGUAUUCAUGUUACUUAAAGAUUUAUUGGAUUUGAAAGUUGAAAAAUUGGAUGAUGGUACAGAAAAAUUGGUCAUGGCUUGUUGUGUUGCUGAAGAUAAAUUGAAUGGUGAAGGUGGAUUGAAUAAUGAUCUGUUGACCAAACAUGAUUUAUCAGCCGAUUUGGUCGUUUUGUUGCAAACAAAUGAACGUCUUGUGCGACCAUUAAUCGAUACAGUAUUGGAAAAUUCCUCCGAUCGUAAUAAUUUGAAAAUGGUUGAAGUCAAUCCAGCACAAUAUCUUUAUGCAUGGCGUAUUGUUCAAUUGAUUAAAACAUCAUAUGUUGGCAAUCUAAAUAUUGAUUAUACAUAUGCUAAUACUGGAACACAAAUCCUAAACAAAGAAUUGGAAAGUCUCAAUAUGAAAUCUAUUGAAUGGAAUUUAUCGACAAAUUCAUUCAUCAAUGAUAUCAAUACUAUUGAUUUGAUUUUGUAUCGUUUGACUGAUGGUGUUGUUGAAAAUUGGAGCAUUGAUCGACAAUUGGAAUCAUUUUAUGAUGCAUUGAAAGAAAAUGGUUUCCUUAUGGUUAUCGCCCGUAAUGAUUUGAACAAAAUGGAAUCAUCAUUAUAUAAACAUUUUAAUAAUGAUCCAAAACGUGAAAUUGUACGAUCUGGUUUGGUUGAUGAAUUUAUUAAAGCCGCUAAAGCAGCAUCGUUUGGUUUGGUUGGUACCAAAUCCAGUAUCUAUGGUUGUUCAGCAUUAUUGUUCCGUAAAUUGAAAAUGGUUUAUGAUCCGGCUGAAUUUAAUGUAUUGAAAAUUGUCAACUUCCAAUAUGAUGCCUGGGUUGAUAAAUUGAAAGCAUUGAUGGCACAAAGUAAAGAUGAUAAUAAACCAUUAUGGUUGGUUGCUAAAGAUAGAUUCAAUGGUGUUGUCGGUAUGGUAAAUUGUUUACGUUUGGAACAAGGUGGCGCUAAUGUUCGUUGUAUUUUUGAUCUGGAUAAUUCAUUGCCGGAUCAAAUUGAUUUUGAAAAAAGUCCAUACAAUGAAAUUGGUUAUAUGGAUUUAGUUUUCAAUGUUUAUAAAAAAGGACAAUGGGGUUCAUUCCGUUUCUUAACAUUACCGGAUAAAUGUGAACAAGUUGAAACACAAUAUGCUUAUCUGGAUAUUGGUACACGUGGUGAUUUAUCAACUUUCCGUUGGUAUGAAUCUGACCAUAAACAUUUUGAUAGAAUUCUGAAAGCUGAUCAAGAAAAAGGAAUGGUUAUGUGUGAUGUUUAUUGUUCAUCAUUGAAUUUUAAGGAUGUCAUGUUGGCUACUGGUCGUAUUCAACCGGGUCCAGAAUCGGCCAUUUUUGAUUGUGUAAUUGGUUUGGAAUUUUCUGGCCGUCGUCGUGAUAAUGGAAAACGUGUUAUGGGAAUGGUACCAUUCAAAGGUUUUGCUACAACAAUUACAUCGUUUGAAGAAUUUUUAUGGGAUGUACCAGAUGAAUGGUCAUUGGAAGAAGCUGCAAGUAUUCCGGUUGUUUAUAGUACAGCAUUAUAUGCUUUGAUUGUUCGUGGUCAAUUACGUGAAGGUGAUAAAGUUUUGAUCCAUUCGGCUGCUGGUGGUGUUGGUCAAGCUGCAAUCCGAAUCUGUCAAGAUCAUAAAUGUGAAAUAUUCGUCACCGUUGGUAAUCAAAGUAAACGAACAUUCUUGAAAGAAGAAUUUGGCAUCCCAGAUGAUCAUAUAUUCAAUUCACGUGACAUUUCAUUCGAACGUUUGAUCAAAGAACGAACCAAAGGUUUGGGUGUUGAUAUUGUUUUGAAUUCAUUGGCCGAAGAUAAACUUCAGGCAUCACUUCGUUGUUUGGGUUUGAAUGGUCGAUUUUUGGAAAUUGGCAAAUAUGAUAUGCAAAUGAACAAACCAAUUGGAAUGUUUGCUUUCUUACAAAACAUUUCAUUCCACGGUGUUUGUUUGGAUGCAUAUUUCCGUGAAGGUUUUGAUUCACCAAAUUUGAAACGUUUCAUGACUCGUAUGACCGAAUUAUUGUAUGAUGGUAUUAAACGUGGUGUUGUACGACCAAUUCAACGAACAUCAUUCCGUUGGAAUGAAGUUGAACAUGCUUUCCGUUAUAUGUCUACUGGUAAACAUAUUGGUAAAGUUAUUAUUAAAAUGCGUGAAGAAGAAAAACAAAAACAAGUUGUUGCCAAACCAUUAACUGUUAUUGCUAAUCGACGAACAUCAUUCAAUCCAUCCAAAUCAUAUGUUAUUGCUGGUGGUCUUGGUGGUUUUGGUUUGGAAUUAUUGUAUUGGAUGGUAAUGCGUGGUGCUAAAAAAUUUGUUCUUUCAUCUCGUGGUGGUUUGAAAAAUUCUUAUCAAAAAUUAUAUUUCAAACGACUCAAGGAAUUGAGCAAAUUUAUUUCAAUCUUCGAUAUCGAUGUUAGUAUGUGCACACAUAAUGUUAUCAAUGAAGAUGGUGCUCGUGCUUUGAUCGAUGAAGCUAUCACCAAAGGUCCAGUUGGUGGUAUAUUCAAUUUAACAUUGGUAUUGCAUGAUGCUUUUGUCGAAAAUCAAACUGUCGAUACAUUUGUUGAAGUUUGUUCACCAAAAUUGACUGGUCUAGCUAAUUUGGAUAAAAUUUCCCGCGCAAAAUGUCCAGAAAUUGAUUAUUUUGUCUGUUUUUCAUCAUUGACUGCUGGUCGUGGUAAUGCCGGACAAAUUAAUUAUGGUUAUGCUAAUUCAGCUAUGGAACGUAUUUGUGAAUGUCGUCGUUCUGAAGGUUUACCUGGUACGGCUAUUCAAUGGGGUCCAAUCGGUGAUGUUGGUGUUGUUGCUGAACAUUUGUUGGUGGAUGCCGACCAGCAAAAACAAGAAGAUAUGUUGAAAUUGUUUGGUGGUAUUUCCCUGCAACGUAUUGCAUCAUGUUUAGAAGUAUUGGAUCGUUUGUUACAAGUUGGUGCACCAGUAUUAUCAUCAUUGAUCAAAUCGAAUUUGGAAGAUAAUAGUAAUCAAAGUGAAGAUGAUAUUUUGGAUCAAUUGUGUGCUCAUUUGAAUGUUGAUAAACGAUCACGUGAAGAAACUAUUGGUGAUGCUGGUUUGGAUAGUAUGACUGUUGUUGAAAUUCAACAACGUCUAGAACGUGAUUAUGAAGUAUCGUUGUCGGUUGCCGAUGUAAAACGUAUUACUAUUGGUGAAAUUAAAGAUUUCCGUGAUGGUAAACGUGAAGGUUUGAAAUCAUUUGCCGAAGAUAUUAAAAAAACACGUAUCCAUUUGGCUAAUAUUAAAUUCGAAAUUGCAAGCGAACCAUACACAGUGGUUUGUCCACAUCAAGAAGUAUCGAAAAUGAAACCAAUAUUCUUUUUACCACCAAUCGAAGGUAUCUAUGAAUCAUUGAAAGAAAUCAUCAUGGAUAUGGCUAAACAUCGACCAGUCAUUACAUUGAAUUGGAUGCGUAAAAUGAACGAAUUGAAUAAUAUUAAAAAAGUAGCCGAAUAUUUCAAAGGUGUUUUGGCCAAAUUGGAACCAAAAGGUGAACAUGAAAUUGUUGGCCAUUCAUUUGGUGCUAUUGUCGGUAUUCAUAUGUGUCGUAAAAAUGUACCAAUCAAAACCAUGAUUGUACUUGAUCCUAUGGAUGUAUCCAAUUUCAAAGAAGAAUUUGAUCGUAAUGAAAAAGUAGAAAUGAUUCUAUCAUAUUUACGUAAUUUCAUGUCCGAACGUUUGGUCGAUAAAGUGCGUAAAGAAGCACUUUCAGUCAAGAAUGAACAAGAAUGUGUACAAAGAAUAGCCGAUGUAUUGAAAUCACAUGGUGGUAAAACAAUCAAUAGUAAAGAUAUUGAUGAUAUUAUCAAAGAUUCAUUCGUUCGUGCUGAAAUGAUUCUUAAAUAUCAACAGAAAAAUAUUCGAAAACUUCGUAUGUUUGGUCGUGAUUUUACACAAAAAACCGUACAAAAAAUGAUGAAAAAAAUUACUGUCAAUGUAACUGUUAUCAAACGUAUGGCACAAGAAUCGGAAAUUGACAAAUUGAACAAUAUUCUUCUUACCAGUUAUGGUAUUGCUCGACAGGAUUUCGUUGGCCGUUUCGAUGUCUAUCAAGUUAUCGGUAACGAAGAAGAAUAUCUUACUGCUCAUCUUCAUUAUAUAACCAAAUUGAUUAAACUUAAAUUGACAUUGAUUACGGAAGAAGAGGCACAAAAUUUGGCAUAAGAAA